AUGAACUCAUCGUCCUUCCUCCUCGGAACUUUGACUCUUCCCAGUCGAAUGGUUCCAACGGGACAGAACUUUCCCCUUUUCUGCACGUUGUGUCUCAUGGCUACUAUCGUCCCUUACACCCCUCGGUCCCGCUGGUUCAGGAGUGCACAUCUUGACUAG